AUGGCUCGCACCAAGCGAACAGCACGCAAACAGUCAAAGCUAGUUGGCAAGGUUCUGCAAUCCCACGUACAGCGUCGUGCGAUGAACACAGCAAAACCUGCUGUCAUCAUCAAACCACUUCCUAAACCAAUCAGUGAUUUCUGCAUCCCUGUCACGAAGGCCGAGCUGUCUAUGGACCAAUGGAAUGCACGAUCGCCUCACAGGAUCCACUACGGUGUUCCGGAACUGACGAAGUAUGGUGUAGGAGAUAACGCUGAGCAGUGUUUGCGGGUUCCUGUUGUGAAGGACCAUCGGCUUCUCGGCUAUGUGCCCCUCCCCACCAGAUAUAGCUCGUCAUGGGUGUAUCUUUGCUAUUGUGUCGAGUACUGGCUCGCCAUAUGGAAAUGUUGGGAUGUUGAGUCGAAGAAGAAGCAGAGGACGACGAAGAACACAAAUAUAAAAGCCCAGGAGGAGAGAAAGGGUCUGAUUGACAUCGCUCGCAGGAAUGCGUCUGCACGUUUCCUUCAAGCUAUGGUUGCCAGGAGAACCGUUUUGGAGGAGUGCAUAGAUAACGGUGUGAAUGAUGAUGAGCGGAUUAAUUCACUCGACGAGUUCAUGAUUCGCAAUCACCGAGAUUGGCUUUUCUUGGAGUUCGAUGAGUUGCCACACGAUGCGGACAUAUAUUUACAGGCGGAUCCGUUGCACGCGGGGAACAAGAAGCUUUUCGAAUCGGACUGGGGUGUAAAUAUGGACGAUAUCCAGCUGAUGCUUGGCGGGACGGACAAUGCAUGGAUGUCCAAGGGCCUUGACCUCUCGGAGAUGUUCAAGGAAUCCAGAGAUGGAGCACUCGAGGUGUGCAAAAGUGGAGGUAAGGGAACCGACAUCAUAUACGACGAAAACGCGGAAUUGCCAGACAAGUGGCACGAGUCCCAUGAGCCUCCAAUUCGAUUCGUCAGCCAACGAAAGGACGAGUUUCUACGCCAGGGAUUCACCCUCGAUGAACCUCUGGUCUUUUUUUACUAUUGCUUGCGGGCCGAGGAGGAGAUCGAACGUGGAGACUUCCUGAGGGAAAUUAUGGAUAUGCUUGCCACCGACGAGACACAACAACAUUGGUCGUCGUGUGUGGACCAGCUGAUCGACAGCGAGAUAACAUGGAACGACUUCUGUGAUUUGCUGGCUGAGGAGUUAGAUUUGGAGUUGGAUCAGCGGGUCAAUAGUAUGGUUUCAGAUGGUGUCGAACCUGACAACCCGUUUUCCAACUUGGAUGCAAAGAUUGCGUUGCGAGCUUACUUCCGCAACUUGACAAGCAAACCCGAGAGCGCUGCCGACAUGUUUUAUCUGAGCAUCAAUCGAUUUUCUAAGCCAGAUGCCACGGAUCUCGAGGUGUGGGGUUGGGUUCUGGAACAUGCCCAACCCGAAACGGUGACUACAGUGCUGAUGGCAGCACAUAAUUACCGUAGUGACAAACCUAAUGGGCGCAAAGGUGAUGGGACAACUUUCACCGGUCAUACAGAUGAUGCAAACCCAUGCUCACUCGGCCCUUCAUCCGACACACGACCACCACCACCUACUAAAGCUAUGCAAUCCAACAUCGAAGUAGAUGAUGCAGAGGCAGCAUCAAGGGGAAAUGGUCCUGACAAUAUUGUUAUGGACAGCGAACAGUCUGCAGCUAGCUCACAUGGCCAUGUUCAUUCGAACGCUGGCGAGAAACAGGGGGAUCAGUUAACAACACCACCGAACACCCCUCCUGAACAUACUUCUGACGCCAUCUUUGAAUAUCAGGAUGGUUCGCAAUUCACUGCAGAACGCGAGGAAGAUGGCAGGUCGACAGGAAACGACAACUUCAUCCCAGAAUCACUAUUCUCCUUGGCGAAUGUGCAACGGGCCAUUGAAGCUUUCGGUUACGAUGGCAUCUCGUUCAAUGAGUUCCGUAACAUAUUGUUGACCGACAUCCCCCCUAUCCAUGUAAAAACAGUACACGAUGUCCUGCAGACGCUUCAUCCUGGUCGUACAGACAUGAAGACACUCAACACCUUGCUCAAGACGUUGCAAGAGGAAGAGGAAGAGGCAUUGGCAAUGAGAGAUACUCGUUUUUGCUUGUUUGUAACCCUUGUGUAUCAUCUCUAA